CUGUGUAAGCCAUCUUUCACUAACGCGUCAUUGUGAUAGCCUCGCUAGAUAAUUGGCAUACGGGAUCACAACCGUUGAAAACCAAUCAGAUUUGAGCCUAGCGAUUUGAUUAUAAUAAUCUGAGCGCAUAACAAUAAUCAUAUUUCUGACAUGCGCGCUAAGAUAUUCAGAAAUUGCAACAGUGAAAAACUUAUUUCAUUUUGUGUGUGAGAUACACCAUGUCGCGUCGAAAGCAACCGAAACCAAGGCAUAUUGAGACGGAAGAAGAAUUAGCAUGCAUUUUACAGAAUGUCCAAAAAAUCCGCGAAAAUCCAAUGACGUUUAUUUCAAACAACGAACCUAGUCCUGUAUCUACUACUACUUCUAACGCAGAGGAUGCCCAUGUCUGCGGGAAAUGUCGAGAAGAAUUCCUAGGCCUGGAAGAAUUCAUAUCUCAUAAAAAAGUGUGCAGUAAUAAAGUUGUUUUGGUUUAUGAGGGUAAGGACAGUGAAAACACUGAAAGCAACGAAGCUGAUUUGGACAAUUUGGAACCCCCUUCAAAAGUUCCGAGAUAUUCUGACCCAGAGGAGUACAAUUGUGGGGGAUCGGACGGUGAAGAAGAAGCUGACUUCAUGGACAACUUUGAUGAUGACGAGAAUGAAAUAAUGGAUGCCGAGGACCAAGAAAUAGCCAACGAGGAAAUAGAUGAGGAUUUGAUGAAAAUCUCUAUGAUGAAUGCUGCUGCAGCAGCAGACCAUGAGCUCUCGGCAGAUAGUGAUGAGGAUGAAGAGAAUAACAAUGGCACAGAUAGGAAGGAUGUGGAAAAGUGUUCAGAUGACAAUAAAGAGAAGACAACUCGUAACCUUCCAGCACCUUUUAUGUUUCCAUUCUCUCACUUUUUACCCUCAAACUCAAAUGUGAUCUUGGAGCCAAUGAAUGCCACUCGUGCAGCAGUGGCCCAGUUUGCUGAAAACAAUUUAGCCCCAGCAGAAGUUGCUCUGUUGCACUCCACACUUUAUAAUUUACAGCAGCAGCAGAUCUUGCAACUUCAGUUGAUUCAGCAGCUUCAGUUACAAGUGAACAUGGGAGGCAAUCCAACCCAGUGCUCUCUGCCAUUUUUGCCACCAGUUUUGGCCUCACAAUCAUCGUCUCAGGAAUUCAACAAUCACAAACCUCAAAGCACCAGCAAGUUGGAGGAGGAGGAGGAGGAGGACAAUGUGCAGGAUUUGAGCAGCAAGGAAGAGAAGUUGGAGAAAAAUCCAGAAGCCUCGGAGAGUGAAGGGACGGAAUCAAAGCCUACUACAAUCACUACUACAGCAUCUUCUACUUCCAUAAUUCCCCCUAAUCCGUCACCUCUACCACUGUCUGGCAAAGAUAUAUUGUCAUCUGUUCCCCCACCCACCUCAGAAUUUGCCAAGCUGACAAAAUUGGUUGAGCGAUCACAGUAUGUAAGUGAUGAUCCAUUUUUCCGCCACAAGUGUCGUCUAUGUCAGAAGGUCUUUGGCAGUGACAGUGCCCUGCAAAUCCACAUCCGUUCUCACACAGGUGAGAGGCCCUUCAAAUGCAACAUAUGUGGGAAUCGCUUCACAACAAGGGGGAAUCUGAAGGUCCACUUCGAAAGACAUAAAGCUAAAUACCCGCAUGUUAAAAUGAAUCCUCAUCCAGUUCCAGAACACCUUGACAAGAUACCAUCAAUGCCUCUAAUUGGAUCCCCUUUCCCAUCGACACCAACCCCACCUCUUCCGCUUUCUGGAGGAAUAUUCUCCUCAGCACCACCUAUGUCAAUUUCCUCCAUGAUGUCCUCAAUAUACUCCAAUUCUAUGUUUGGCCCAAGACCAACGCCGCGCUUUCCACCAGCACCCUCCGUUAGUGAGGAGCAGAGUUCCUCUAGUGCUUCUUCAUCCUCCAGUCUCCCUCAGAUUUGUCCCACACCGACCGCCAGUGAAGCACCAGUGCGCAAGUCUCCAGUAAUUACUGACAUGGCAGUGACAGCACCAGUGUCUUCUGCGGUUAAACGCGAAGCAUCAAGUCCGAUUGAAACCCAAUCUAAGAUGAGUCGUCCAUCUAGUCAAUUUCCUCUCCUGUCGCCAGUCCCAUCAGUUCCACCACCACCUCCUCUGACGCCCACAAGUGGUGGAUACUCUUCACGAGAUUCAAUCUUGCCAACCAAAAUGAUUGACCAUGACGAAAAUUUAGAGCAAUAUAUGGAAAUCGAUCGAUCAGAGACGUCUAAGCUCCAACAGCUUGUUGACAACUUGGAAAACAAAGUGUCUGAUCCUAAUCAAUGUGUUAUAUGCCACCGUGUUCUAAGCUGCAAAAGCGCUCUCCAAAUGCAUUAUCGCAUCCAUACAGGUGAAAGACCGUACAAAUGUAAGAUUUGUGGACGGGCCUUUACAACGAAAGGAAAUCUGAAAACUCAUAUGGGUGUCCAUCGCAUGAAACCACCAAUCAGGAUGAUGCAUCAGUGCCCAGUUUGUCACAAAAGCUUCACCAACCUUCUGGUUUUGCAGCAGCAUAUACGAAGCCAUGCAAGCUUGCCAGGAAUGCCACCGAUGCCAGAUAUGUCUCAUUUUAAGGCAUUCGGAAACUUUCCGAGACCGAUGGAAUGGGGUCACCGACCAUUUGAUCUUUCCUUUAGACAUGAACCAGAGAGGGAACUAGACCUGAGCAAAACUUCUCCAACGUAUCAAUUGCAACGAAGCAAGGGAUACGAAUACGAAGUAGAGGAUAGGGACCUUUCUAGGGAUAUGGAUGAUGUCUACAGCGAUGAACAACAAAUUCGUAACGAGGGAGAGGCAAUACAAAAUGGUGAAGUACAUAUGGAUGAAACCAACGAAGAUGGACGCGAUGGAGACAAUAAGAAAGAUCAUACGAAAGAUCGUCCCGCAAGACCAGAGUCUACAAAGUCUGAUGCUUCUAAAGGCUCUGGAAGAUCCGCAUCGCCAAAUACAGAGGACGAAAGCAAUUCAUUAUUUCUACCCACAAGCAAUUUGUCGCCAGGCAUAGGAAUGGGAGCUAUGCCUCUAUACAACACUUCCCUUGCUGCCCUUGAAGAACGCGUAAGAGCCAUCGAUUCUUCUAUGGCAAGUCAUAGAUACAAUCCCUUUGGUUUGAAUGGAUACCCACACAUUCAAAUGGAAAAGAAAAAUUUGGAUGAUAACGGCGAUCUCUCAGACUCUGAGGAACAUGGAUCAGCAGAUGAUAGUAAGCCAGGAACACCAGCUUUGUCAGUGAACAGUGAGGGUAGUAAUUCCAUCAAUGGAUUUAUGAUGGGCGGGGACAAACUUAGUACGACAUGUAAUAUAUGCUUUAAGACAUUUGCUUGCCGCAGUGCGCUAGACAUUCACUACCGCAGCCACACAAAAGAACGUCCUUACAAAUGCGAAGUCUGUGACCGAACCUUUACCACUAAGGGAAAUAUGAAGCAACAUAUGCUAACACACAAAAUACGUGACCUUCCCAAUUCAUUCAGCAACAACAGCAACAGCAGUGAAAACUUGGAAAAUGAUGAAAACUCGAACGAUUCGAUAACAGAGGAGAAAAAACCGGAGGACCAACCACGUUUACAGGCGUCAUCUAAAGUCAGUGAAAGCAGUAACCAAGAGCGACAAGCCAUUGCACCUGCAGUUUCCAGCAGUGGUGGAAGUAACUAUACAAGCAAUGGAGGAGGCACCUCAAACGGAUCACAAGAUUCUUCUCCAUUCUUACGAAGAACUCCAUUGAAGCAUCAAUGUCAGGUUUGCCAAAAAGGCUUCUCGAGCGCCAGUGCUCUGCAAAUUCAUAUCAGAACCCAUACUGGAGAUAAACCCUUCAAAUGCAACGUAUGUGGUAAAGCUUUUACUACAAAGGGAAACCUGAAAGUUCAUAUGGGAACCCAUAUGUGGAAUAACAGCCCGUCUCGCCGAGGACGCCGAAUGUCCAUCGAACCUCCAUUCAUGAUGACACACAAAGAGAACCCCUACAUGCAGGGAGGGUUUCCACCGAGAGCCCCUGACUUCUUUCCUUAUCAAUUCCCGCCGUUCAUGAAUGGAGUUCCUCAUCACAAGAUUAACGAAAUGUCUGUCAUCCAGAGUUUGGCUAGUGGCAUGGGACACAUGCCUCAUCUACCACUAAAAGAUGAUCAUUUGACAUCACGUGCCAAGGUCACAGAAACCGAAUCGAAAGCAGAAUCUUGGAGAAAGAGCGAUUCUAAUGGUAAUCUAACAUCAUCGGGGGAGUUGGACUUGAGCAUGAAAUCAAAUUCUUCGACUUCACCAAACAAUAACGGCAAACCCUCUCCCAGCCCCGGGGAUAACUGGAAUUCAGCCUGGAAGACCAUGUGUCACUUGUGCAACCAGAACUUUCCAUCCCCAACAACACUAGAGUAUCACAUGCAGAACUAUCAUCUCAAAGGCUCAGAAUCACACCCGAAGAGUAUAGUUGCUUAAAAUACUAGGUACAUGAUAUUGUGUUGUGAAUUAUGUGUUAGGCAUUCCACUAUCAGAAGCAUUUUUUUGUGUUGUUAAAUGUUACUCUUUAUCAUCUGUGAACAAAAAUAUAUGAAUGCAUCAGAAAUCCUAUAAACAUUGAUAAGAAAUCCAAAACAUUUCACAGAUAGGAAGAAUGAUGCAUUUACAAUAUAUACAUGUAUUCAAAUGUCUUGCAGAAGUUGUUAAAGUUAGUUGCAAUUGAAUCUUAUCUUGUAUAUUUGAAUUUCCAAGUCUUGAAAACAUACGCAUGUUGGGUUUUUUUUGCAUGUAGUCUUGCGCAUGGAAAGAGUCUAGUCGAAUCUCAUCGAUAAUCAAACGACAUAUCACAUAAUGUAGUACUCUCUACCUCGUUUUGCUUAUUGUAAUCGUAUAGGGCGAUGCAUUGGGGGAAAGAUUUCAAGUAGCUUUAUAUUUGUCGGGAUUCAGGAAGCCAGUUCCUGCUACGCAUUUACAAUUACUGAUUUUAAUAGAAACUAUACGUAUCCUUUGAAUUAUACGCAUCUGAUUAUAUAGUUCUAAUUUUUACAAUAUUUUUGGACAAUUUGUAGUUCAAGUAGUUGUUGCAUGUUGAUAGAUGUAUAGCUUUGUAUACACAUGUUUUUAUUUGUACAUACCAAUAUAAAAAUGAUAUAUAUUUUUUUGUUAUUUCAUUUGAAAAAGCGCUUACAGUAAUAUCUACAGCUUUUUGUUGUAUAUAAUAUUUUUUACUUGUUAUUUCUUUACGUUUUGUCUAGGUUGCGCACUACGUCAUUAUUCUUUGUGUGCGAGUCAGAAGUCAUGCUUAUAGGGGUUAACGUGUUACGGUGCUGCUUAGAGUAUUUUAUUCUUGCUGACAGUGUAUUUGCAAAUAUGUUUCACAGAUCAAUAGAACAUGCAUGAUGUUUAUUUAUUGAACGAUAUAUGUGUCUUCCGUUGUUUCACUGCUGGGGUAGAAAACGCGACAUUACCACCCCAUCAAACAUCACUCCACAACAGGGUGCACUGGGAACAAUUGCGGUAGACUGUCUUGUGUAGAUUUCAGUGUUUUCGAAUAGAUCUUGUAACUAAUUUUUUUUACCUUUAAAUAAUAGUUAAUUGGCAUCUUGUUGUUAUGUUACCAAACGACUGUAAUUUGAGAGGAUUUGAUCUAUUGAAUUUUUGACGCAUGCGUGAUGAGUGAAGAUAGUUGAACUUUUGACCUUUGUACAGUGCAGAAUGCUGCAGAUGCCACAUUGUGAUAAAAUUCGUGAAAUCCAUAACUAAUCUAGUAUUUUUCUGAAAACUGUGUUUAAAAAGUGAUUUUGAAGUAAGGAAAUCCACGUCUGACUAUUUCCCACAGGUUAUUGAGUUCUGUUAAAUUCAGAUUCGGCAGUCUACAAAAGGAUGUUAUUUGAUAACACUGUAUUUUUUCUGUGAUGACAUAAUUUGAAUAAUUAUAACACUUUACAAAAGUUGAGACUUGAUAAAUGUCGAAAUUCAGUGGAUGUAUUGAAUGACUUUGUGAUCCCAGGGUACCUGUGUAUUCUUUAUAGAUUAUGCCGACUGGCAAUGAAGCAAAAAUAAAGGUAUACAUCAAUAUA